GUAGAGCUCUUGAAGAGCGCUUGCAGCUUUGGCAAAGUUGUUCUGGUCACACUGGCGCGUGCGCCCUGGGUCUCUGAAUCCUGCAAGAACUUCUACGUAUCCGUGGGUCGACUCAUCAACCAGUUAAAGGUGCCCAUAGUCUAUGCACAAGAGGGCAUACAGGUGGACUACAACAAGUCCCAGAUGUCAUCCGACGAGGAGAUCGAGCGGUUCUGGAGCACUGUCAAGGGCAAAGCGAUUGCACGUGAAUGCCGCCAGUUCUACUCCCAGUAUGAGGGACAGAGCUGGAAAAAUGUGAUCUCCAUUGGAGACUCUGAUUUCGAGCGGUUAGGCACGCAGAGUGCCAUGGAGGACUACAUGAAGGAAAGAGGCAUCGAACAAGAUGGGCAGCUGGUGGACGUUGGUGGCCACAUGUACAAAGUGCGUACGAAGACGUUCAAGAUGGUAGAUGAGCCCACUAUCGAAGAGUUGACGGUAGAGGUGGAGAUGCUGAAGGCAUGGCUCCCCUUGAUGGUAAAGCUCGAUAGCAGCUUCGAUGUCAACCUCAACAAUGCCGAUGACCCAGAAGUGCUGCAGUCCAUCGAGAAAACCCUGCGAGGUGAGAAGAGCCACUGA